AUGUCCAGAGAGGAGCAGAGCCUGUCUGACGUGGAGCUUAGCCCUGGGUCAGACGACAGCCGCUCCCUGUCCCCAGGCCGAGUAGGGGACUCUCCCCUCAGCGUGCAGCAUGUACACGAGCUGGAUGAGGCUGUGGGGCAGUCCUCUGCCAAAUCUGAUGACGAAGAUGAGCGCUUCCCUGCUGGCAUUCGUGAGGCUGUGAGCCAAGUACUCAACUGCUAUGACUGGACACUUGUGCCGAUGCCUGUGCGCGUGAACACUGGGGGUAAAAACAAGCCGCAUGUGAAGAGGCCCAUGAACGCUUUCAUGGUGUGGGCCCAAGCUGCGAGGAGGAAACUGGCCGACCAGCACCCUCAUCUGCACAACGCAGAGCUCAGCAAAACGCUGGGCAAGCUCUGGAGGCUUCUCAACGAAAAUGACAAGCGCCCGUUCAUUGAGGAAGCAGAGAGAUUGAGAAAGCAGCACAAGAAGGACUACCCAGACUACAAGUAUCAGCCAAGACGGCGCAAGAAUGGCAAGAUGGGCUCAGGCUCAAGCACUGAAGCUGAAGCGGAGGGUGAGCUCGGGCAGUCCCACUACACGGGCCUUGACCUGGAGGAGGCUGGAAGUGAGGGGUCUGGGUCCCCUUUGGCAGGUCAGGGUCAUAGCCCCCCAACUCCACCCACUACUCCCAAGACAGAACCGCAGCCUGGAAAAGACAGCAAGAGAGAAGGGCCUGGUAUCUGCCGAGGGGUGACAGCAGAGGGAGGAAAAACCCACAUUGACUUUGGAAAUAUGGACAUUGGAGAGAUGAGCCAUGAGGUUAUAGCCAACAUGGAGCCUUUUGACGUCAAUGAGUUUGAUCAGUAUCUGCCUCCAAAUGGGCACCCUGGGGUGACCCAGAGCACAGGGACUGGAUCCUCAUCCUCUCCAGCCUCCUCCUUCACCUAUGGAAUCUCCAGUGCUCUAGCUGCUGCCAGCGGACACUCAGCCUGGUUGUCUAAACAGCAGCCCCAGCCCCAUCAUGGUUCUUCGCUUGGAGCUGAAGCCGCAAAAACCCAUAUUAAGAGCGAGUCAGGCGCGAGCACAGCUCACUUCCCUGAGGCUGCAUCUCCGGGAGCACACAUAACCUAUACUCCCCUAAGCUUGCCUCACUACAGCUCUGCUUUCCCUGCUCUUGCCUCUAGGGCCCAGUUUGCAGAGUACACUGAACACCAGGGAUCAGGCCCUUACUACACCCACUCAAGCCAAACAUCAGGGCUGUACUCUGCUUUCUCCUACAUGGGCCCUUCACAGAGGCCUCUGUAUACUGCCAUCACUGAGCCGGCCAGUGUGCAAACAUCACACAGCCCCACACACUGGGAACAGCCUGUCUAUACAACUCUGACGCGGCCAUGA